GUGAUCUGAGGGACUUUUGUGAGUGCCGCGGGACUGAAGGGGUUAAUUGGAGAAGCGAGCAGCCCUCUUCCCAGCUUGUCGUGUGUCCUGUUAAAACUGAAACAGACCUGCCCAGCAAGCUUAGCAACUUUUUUACGCCGGGUUGCAGAGGGAGGAAAGAUUCCUGCUGCUGCCAAGGCACACACACACCCACCCACACACCAUUACUGCUGUUAUUUUUUUAUUUUAUUUUUUUUGCACAGUUCAUACAACACAGGGUGCCUCCGCUCUGAGGCAGCUUCUUCCUCCAGAGCGCACUUGCAAGGUGGGGGAGGAAGAGGAGGGAGGGGUGGAUGGAUCCCUUUUCGAAGUGGAUAGCUUUUGGAAGCGUGGGCUUGAAUCCGCUCCUGGUUCAUCUGCUCUGCGGGGAACGCUGCUGUCUCCAGCCUGGAGGGGCUGAGGAUGGCUCCAGCAGCUGACUGCAGAGACGGUGACUGAGACCAGAGCAGAAAGCGGCAGUGCCCGAGUUUGGCAAAGCCGAGCAGCGGAAUCGCCCCCCACCCCGCCCCCACCCCCGGGCUCCCCGCAGUGCGUUGCCGCCGCCGCCACUGUCUGAAGUUUGCUGAUCCGCAGGGAUGCAGAGCCAAGAUCAAUGUACACGCUGAAGAACUAAUGCCCUUGAACUGAUCAUACUGUGGCUUUGAUUCUCCCUUUGGGCUGCUAUCAGAUUGCUCCUCUGUUACUUCCUUUUUUAUUGUAAGGUGAGAUCUCCCUCCAGGGUUCAACCAUGACUACUUCUGCCUUGCGCCGGCAGGUAAAAAACAUUGUGCACAAUUAUUCUGAGGCAGAAAUCAAGGUGCGCGAGGCCACCUCCAACGACCCCUGGGGUCCACCAAGCUCCUUAAUGUCUGAGAUUGCAGACCUGACUUUCAACACAGUGGCAUUUGCUGAGGUCAUGGGCAUGAUCUGGAGGCGGCUGAAUGACAGCGGCAAGAACUGGCGCCAUGUCUACAAGGCACUGACUCUUCUGGACUACCUCAUCAAAACGGGCUCAGAGAAAGUGGCUCAUCAGUGCCGGGAGAACCUGUACACCAUUCAGACCCUAAAGGAAUUCCAGUACAUAGACCGGGAUGGCAAGGACCAGGGCAUAAAUGUGCGGGAAAAGGUCAAACAGGUAAUGAGUCUGCUGAAGGAUGAGGAGAGACUGAAGCAGGAGAGAGCCUAUGCCCUGAAAACCAAAGAGCGGAUGUCGCUUGAAGGCAUGGGCAUUAGCAGCAGUAGUAACAGCAACAGCCAGCAGAUUUCCUAUGGACGGCGGGCAUCACAAUAUGGAGAUGACUAUGGCAGGUCAAGGGGUUCUCCAUCCUCCUUCAACUCCUCUUCUUCAUCCCCUCGGUUCACUUCUGACCUGGAACAGGCAAGACCGCAGACUACAGGAGAAGAGGAACUGCAGCUCCAGCUUGCCUUGGCCAUGAGCCGAGAAGAAGCAGAAAAGCAGCCGCUUCCUCCAGUCUCCAGCACAGAUGAAGAUUUGCAAUUACAGAUAGCGCUGACCCUGAGCAAACAGGAGCAUGAGAAGGAAGUUAGGGCAUGGCAAGGAGAAAAUUCACUCUUACAGAGGGCACUGGAAGAGAGUCACCUGAGUGCAGAGGAUGAGGAAGAAGAAGACAAGACAAAGAAAAGUCAGUCUUCUGUGAUGGAGCUGGCAGACAUUUUUGGACCAGUGCCAGUCACUUCUACUCACACUUCAGCUGACCCAUGGGAUAUUCCAGGUGGGAGCAACCCUCGCUUUGUUGAGGGUUGGAACCAUGAUACAGCCUUCUCUCCUCCAGCUCUGUCCUUGUCCAGUUCUUGGGAGUUUAACAAUACCAAACCUACUGUGGAAUCGACAGGAACAUCCUGGGGUCCCACUGCAGAUCCUUGGGUGCCUGUACCUUCUAUGGAUCAUCUAAAUCAGACGGUAUCUACCAAUCAAGCUUCUCCAGGACCCUGGAACCUUCCUCAUGGCUCUUCUUCUGCCUCCUCCUCUGAUCCAUGGGGGAUGAAAUCUCUGUCUUCAAGUGUCUCAUCUUCAGACCCCUGGGGUAAAUCCUCACCACCUGCUCCCAUCUCUGCAGGCACUUCUGCUGAUCCCUGGGGAGGCUCUAUAGAUAAGUCUUCCACAGCUGGCAAUGCUACUUUUGACUUGUUCACAAAACUACCAGAACAAGUAGAUCAGCCAGAGCAUGACAGCUCCCAUGCUCCAUCACCUGUGAAAUCCAACAGCUCUGUAGAAGUGGACCUGUUCGGUGAUCUUAUUCCAAGCACCAAGGAGAAUGGAGUCAAGAAUAAGGACGUUUUUGAUAUUACAAGUUUAGGAGAUUCCCUUCCUGAUUCAAAGAAGGAGAAGAAAGAUUGUAAAACGCCAGAGACCUUUCUUGGCCCAAAUGCCUCUUCCUUGGUUAAUUUGGACUCCUUGGUCACAGGCCCCCAGAGCCUGAAGUCUCGGAAUCCAUUCCUGGCAGGUCUCAGUACACCUUCUCCCACCAACCCAUUCAAUGUCAUUGAUCAACACAAACCAACUCUCAACCAGAUGCGGACUAGCUCCCCGGUGCCUGGCGUAGCUAUGGGAAUGACCAUGAACUCCAUGACCUACAGCACUUCUCUCCCUCUUCCACUCAGCAGCAUCCCAUCAGGAAUGACACUCCCGGCCUCCAUGAGUGCCUUCCCUCAGGCCAGAGCAGGGCCUUUCCCAGAGCUACCCAGCAACUUGCCACAACCUCUCCUACCACUGUCUGGCUCAGGUCCCCCUCCGCUCCAUUCCCAAGGCAGUAUGAACCCUUUCCUCUGAGAAGACUUUUUGUUGCUCUGUUGUGUGAACUAUCUUUUGCCCCUCCCCCAGCUGUUACGGAAAUCCUCCCACACAAAGGCUUUGUGGCACUGGCUUGUUAGUUGUGACGAAGGAAGCAUCUCUCCGGAAGCUCUUCUAGUCCUGCCCAAGCCAAAGAGACUCCACUAUGAACCUCCUUGCCUGAAGAGUUACAGAACCAGCCACUCCAUUUUGCUGAACAUUGUCUUUGAGUCUGCUUCUAAUGGCAACUGGGACAUUCCUGUCACCAGCUGGCAUUGAUUCGAUGGGUACAAAGGAGAUGGGAGGUCCCUUAAGAAGGGCUUUGAUUUCCAAGGAUCUCUGUUUUCCAUUGCUUUUAUGUCAGUAGCGCACACAGAGAUUAAGAAAAAAACAGAAAUUAACUCCUAAAGGUUGUCCCUUACUGGGAAGGGAAGAUAAAUUUGUAGCCUGCAUGGAAAACAUGAACACUUUGGCCAAGGCUUGCAGCUAUACUGCGUGCAUGGCAGGGGCACAGUUUCACCUCUGGACAUCCAGACAGCUCAGCAAGUCUAGCAUUGCUAUGUCAGAGAGAAGAAAUCAGAUUUCUUUUGCUAGAGUCACCUUUGUUGUGUUGUUUGACUAAGGGAAAUCUCUUCCUCAGCUGCUGUUGUCAGUCACACUGUGAACAAAGACAAAGUCUGCAAAUAGAAAACCCAAAUUCUGUGACCAUAAAAAAUAAGCAAGGGAGACAAAUUGCAAAACUAUUCUUCUUGAGCAAUCUUUAUUUUGCUUACAAAGUCUGGAGCAGGAUGUAUAGCUUCUGAACCUGUUUCCAGGGUCCAGAAAGGAGGCGGGAUAGAAUAUCUGGAAAACAAUGUGUGGGGUAGGACUGAAAUCUAAAUAAAGGAGUGUCUGAUUUACAGGGUAGGGAAGGACUUGCUGAUUAUGGGAAGGGCAUGGGAUAACUGGAAGAACUCCCAACUUACCUGACCACUGGAAGUCUGACCUACCUCCUCUGGCUUCUAAUGUUUUAGUAGAACCGUUGCUCACAUAUCUAUUGAAUAAUCAGGAAGGCUAGAAAGUGAAAUGCCUUUUAAGAAAGGCUUACAAAAGAGAUGCUCAGAAUAUUGAAGAAGCCAUCACUGUUUAUUCUAGGAGUCCCACAACACCCAGGUUUCUGCCCAAAUGCUCCUCUAUAUGGAAUUGGGUGUCUCUUCGCGUGUGCUCCUGGCUACUUUGAUCCAAGUGACUUUUCUUUUGACAUUUCAUUACUUAUCUGGGAAAUCUGAUUCUUCCUCUGGCCUCACUUUGGAUGAUCACUUAGUUACACGCUUGGCAACAGACUUCUUUUUUUUUUUUUGCAGUGACGGGUCCCUACCACUGAAGCCCCAAACUCCAAAAUGUAGAAUUCCUGAAAAUAAGGAACACUUCAACAAGUGCACAUCCCAGUCAGGAACACUUGAAUGAACUAUGUGAAAAUUCUGAACAAUGUUCACAGAAAUAAAUUAUGAAAUCCUUUAUUUGCAUAUGACUUCAGGGACCCUUAUCCAUGAGAAACUUUGUUACUGUGCUCAGUGGUAUUAGGGCACUCCGCUGGAGCACAGACCUAUUUAAAUGACCUGGAAAUACCUGAACAGAUUCUUUAUCAAUUUCCAAACAACCUCUCCCUCCGAAAUCCUUCCAGGAUACUAAUGGAUAUGUUGGAAACCAAUCAAAUUGAAUGGGGGAGAAGGAGUGUAUGUACAGCAUGAAGUUAAUAUCCCAAUUACCAGCUGUGUCUUAAUGUAGGAUUGCAGCAUGCCAAUACAAGUUGCAUCUUCAGGAUAAGAUGGCUGUUGAGCACUGACCCAGCAAGAAGAGACCAGAAAUGGGAUAGGCACAGGGGCCAGGCAUCGAGAGCAACAUGGUACAAUCAUUGGGGCUUUAUUGCCAAUGCUUAUGCACCAACACAGCAGUCACCAUACCAAUACAGACUUUGUGGCUAUAAAAUGGAACAUAGGAAAACAUAAGCAGUCAAUAAAAUGUUCAAAUGUG